AUAGUAACGCAUCUGGCUCGUUGCACAAUCCAUCGUAAUUGCUUUCGUACUUCUUUUUAAGCCCCCACCUCCCAGUUACGGCCGCCAUUACCUAUAUAGUGCACUGAAGUAAAAUUCAUCCAGAGUCGAAGCGCCAUGGUGUUGUUGAUUCUCUUCUCUUAAUCAGAGAAUAAUUAUUGUUGGUUCGAUUUCUGCUCAAGGAAUAAGAUAUAUGAGAGAUGACGGGAGACUGCACACGAAACCCAACGUUUUUGCAUCGGUUUGAAGAACCACUACCAUGACAGGAAUCAUAACUCCGAAUGAUUUGGAGAUCGAGACAUCUAUACAGCUAAAUGUAAACUUACUGAGGAGAAUGGCGUACCUCCAUUUGUCACCACUAAAGUGAAUCAUUACCAUGAUUUGGGACGAUAAAAAAGGAAUUCCUGCAAAAAUAUCUGACAACGGAGAAGAGGAAAGAUUGGACAAAACAAACAUGGACUUACGUCAUCAGCGAAGCACCGAUCCUGAGAGCAUCUCAUCCAUCGAGGUAAUAGGUAUGGCGUCGAUGAUAAGUCAUAGGGGCUUGAAAUCAUGGGACACGACAUCAUCGUACAGCGUUAGUGUGGUCAACGGUAAUGAUGAUGACGUCGAAAGGGAACAUGAUAAGUGUAAUUCGUUGACAAGAAGACGAAUUCCUCGGUGGGUUUUCUGCAGUGCUCUGAUUGUUACAUCGCUUCUUGUUGCAACUCUUCUUGUUACUCUCUCGGUAAUACCGAUGCUUGGACUUGAAACAACAACGAUGAUGACAAUGACGACGCUGAACUCGAUUAAUACUCCAGCCGCCAUUGUAACAGAUGAAGAAGCAAACGCUUGUUUAUCCGGCGAGUUCUGGUGUGGUGAUGAUACUAACAUACCCGAGUGUAUACCAGGCGAAUGGCGAUGUGAUGGAGAGAUCGAUUGCACAACUGGACGAGACGAAAAAUAUUGUGAAGAUUCUUCUGUGAUCACCAACACGACUAAGGAGCCACGCCCAUGCGUCGCAUGGCAACAAACUUUCAACGAAUCGUGUGGAGGGCAGAACUCAUCGGCGGGAUGCGUGUACAUCCCUCAAUGCCAUGCCGACGGUUCGCGAUGGACAAUCACCCAGUGUACGUCGGAUCGACGGUCGUGUUGGUGUGUAGACCAAAACGAUGGGCGUACUAUAGCUGAGACAUUCACUGGGGUAGAUGUGUUAAUUGAUGGAGAAGUUCUGGAUUGUCCGUGAUUUAAAUUAAUAACAUUGAGGGACAAGUGAGCCUGACUUCUGACUUUACCUUAAGACCUUAAAAUUCGUAUCUCAUAUAUCAUCCAUAAUAAUAAGUCUGGUUUACCUUCUAGAGACCCCCCCCCCUCCACACACACACACACACGAAGAUCUCAUGAUACCUAGGAGAAAAAAGUUCCAUGUAAAGAUUACUUUCAAUAAGGGAUAACUCUUUAAAAAAAAAAUCAUCCUGUCACAAGGCAACUGUCAUAGCUAGGUCACUAGUUCAGAAACAUCAAUCCAUGUAAGAAAAUGUAAGUGUUGAUAUGUAGGUUUGCUAGGACUUCAAGCAUUGUCCCCCAUCCUCUAUGGAGUGAAGAGGACGUUUCUCAGGAAACCACUUGUCAGCUUUAGAGAUUUCAAUCCCUCAUUUUAGCAGUUGGGGAAUUUUCAUUUUGAUUUUGCUUUUCACCAUUACAUUUUAAACUUGGCCUACCAUUUUGAAAAAACUCUGGAUUUACCACUAGUCUUGCCAAACCACCAACGGUCCCAUCACAAGUCAAUUCAUAAUCAUAGGGCUAAAUAUUGAAAUGGUAAGGGGGAAGGAAGACAUUUCUUAACCAUUAUGGCACACCUUGCUUUUAUCUAUCCCCAACUCUCAGAUUUCUUGCCAAUGUAUUUUUUCCUUCAAAUAACACAACACAAUCUUCCAUUAAAUCAAAUUCAUCAUUAAUAGUCAUUGUCAAACAAGCUUAAAAGUUUCUUCCAUUUUUAUUACAAUGAAAAGUGAUUUACAGAUCUAUAGCUGUAUUAUCCAUUGCAUCUUCUUGGUGCAUCCUUCACAAUAUAUUCAUCAGUGUUUAUAAGUUUAAAAAUACAAACAUACCUGCAUUUUCUCAUAAAACAGCGAUUUCUCAGAGCAAAAUUUUCACACCUACAUAGUGCAUGGUUUAUUUCCUACAAAUCGUGGCCAUGAUUUACGCAACAGCAAAUAUAAAUUUAAGCUUACUAAUAGUUCACAAGCCAAUAACACAUAUUUGAAUGUGAAAAAUCUGGUGUAAAAUGUGAUUUAAAAGACAAAGUGAGUAACAUCAAUGUGGAUAAUUGUGGGAACUUCAUAAAAAGUAAAUGACUUUUUCAUGGUUGUCAAAGUAGAUCAAAUUUGAGUGCAACAUGCAUUCCACCAGAUACAAUAGACCAGUCUUCAUGGAAGCUGAUAAGUAGCUAGAAAAUGUGGCAGAAAGGAAGACAGGGAGGGGGGAGACGAGAGAAGGAUGGAGAAAUUAAAUUACAAAUUGUGGGGGGGGGGUAUUGUU